UGAGGAAUCUGAUUUCAUUUCUCCUUUCACCGUCUCCGAAGAAACGACGACGGAAAUGGAGGAACAGAACGACGCCGUUAGCCGCGGCGCCGGCGGCGAGAGCAGUUUGUUCGAUGGAUCUGCUCAUUGGUGGUGGGCGAUGGGAAGCGGAGCUCAAAUCAUGUGGGGAGUGAGAUGUAUUCGGAGAGGUUACGCGGGGGACUUGCGUUUGAUGCCGGUCAAAGCCUUUGGCAUCGCAUCACUCUUCGUCGGCGCGAUAGCCACCACCUCCGUCGCGUUUCUAAGCGCCUCUGGGAUCCACACGGUCCAAGAUGCUAUUGACAUGGGAGCUAACAUCAGAACCAAUCUGGGAAUCACUCCUCAGAUACCUGAUAAGCAGAUCACUGAGGCGGAAGAUACAUCAUGAUCAAAAUUCGAGCUUGGUUUCUUAGUUAUCAUUAGCGAUUCGAUAUUUGUCUGAAAUUGCAGUAAGGGUUUUGUCUUACUUUUGGUGGAAGAGAAGAGAUCUCAUAAGUUAGCUGACGUUGUAAAGGUUGUACUUGUAUGUUCUGUCUUAGUUCAGAGCAAUCAGAGAUAUGAUGACGACUUUUUUUUAUUUCA